ACGGUUUCCGGCCUUCCGCUGCAGUUGUAGGAAGUCCGAACCGCCAGAGGCUUGGCUACGUUAGCGCCAGUGGUUGCGAAAUCAAGUGGAAUCUUUUUGCCUGUUUUCAGUUUUCGUUACAGUUUUAAUACAUGGUUGUUCCCGGAGUUUUGUUAGAAUCUUGGACCUUGUAAGUGUGAACUGCGCUGGUCCUACGAAUACUGGUCCUUGUUGAAAAAUUUUUUUCGUCCCCCGGGUAUACUAUUUAAGUCUACACUCCAAAGCCACAAUCAUGGCGCAAGUAUUUCCUGCACAGCGCAACUUCAAGUUUUCCUCCAGCUUGAUGAAUCUAAAGUUCAUGAAACGUUCCGAAGAAACAGAAACGAAAAACCCACUCAGCGAUCGCGAAAGGACAAAAUCGAAGGCAGGCCCUGCUUUAACUCAAUUGGAAGCGAAUCGCAGAGAGAUGGAGGCGCGAACUCAACUAGCGAAUUAUGUUGCCGUAGAAGAAGAGUUCAGCUUCUGUCGAUUGUAUGAUUUGGUGAGCGGUCGAUUUGAUUUUCGGAAAAAGGAUGAUCCGGAAGAUGCGACUUUGUCCAAAGAUGCGGUAGAGGAAGAGAGGCGCAAAAGGAAUGAAGACGCUGAAGAUGGAGAAAUGCAGAGCGACGAUGACAAAAAGGAUCUUACAGAGGAUGACGCUAGCGGACAGAUCUCGAAAUCUCAAGGUGGACGAUAUUUCACAGCUUAUACCAAGAGCGCACGCUUUGCUGAAGCCCGGAAGCGGCGCCAAGGAAAAGAUUCCAAACAAAGAAGAAAGCGAAAUCGAAACAACGAGAACUGAAUUUAUUGUUGAAGACAGAGUGGAUUAUUUGGCGGUAUAAUUAACAAAGACGUGUGGACAAGUCUUACAUACGUUUUGGAUCCUGAUGCUCUUGGUCUUAUUUUACUACUUUACAUAUUUUCGGCAUUCGGUAUAAUAAGCUGUGAUAAAACAACCCAACUUAUGAUUUAAAAAAGCAAAUGUGGCAUCAUUUAAUUCCACAAGUAUUAUGAAAACACUAAUCAUAAGCAAACAAAAGAAAGUAAACCAGGCAAACAAUUAUUUCAG